GCUGAUUGCGCAGUGGUGGAUGCAGAUCUCUUCUGCGCCCGUGAAUAGACCGUUGCCAGAGCUCUAUUUACCUACCUCCUGUUCGAGUCUGCACAUUUCAUUGGGCGCUGUCUGGUUUCAUCGUUUUAGGUGUGAAUGUGGUGAAAGCUCUGCUGCUUCAAUGAGCUGGCGGCAGAGAUCAAUCUUCUAGAGGACUCUCUGAGCCAUCGAAGAUAGUUGAGCUGAAGAUUUGUAGCGCACAUCAGUUUUGGGUUCCUUCCAGGUUGUACUAGAUGUAGCUGCUGGUUCUUGUCGAGCUGACUCAAUCACCCUAAAAGCGCUCUGAAAUGAGACAAAAUGGCUACCGCUCGCUGCACAAGCAGCCUCAAUGCAACAGUGCUGGCGAGGGCUCCCGAAGUCCGCAGAAGGACCCGAACAGCAGCAGACUAUGGGGCGGAGGGCUCGAGUGUCUGGUUGGAAGAGGAGGUGCAAGACUUCGGGUUGAACGAGGACGUCAUUCUUGCGAAUGUGCCGGUUCAGUCCAAAGAGGAGCAGGAGAAGCUGGCGCGGACACCAGCACAUCCGCAAGCGCUUCGAUGGAUGUUUGCUGCUUACACCGCCAACUGUACGGCUGAGCGAACGUUUCGGUUUGCGGUUCCAGCAGUGAUUGGGCUCCUCAGCAACAGCUUGUUACCCAUCGCUAUCAUCAGUUUUGCGGGACAGGUGGGCGUGUUUGCGCUGGGCCCAAUCAUUGGAGACCUGCUGGAUGAGACCCCCCGGUUACCUGCUCUCAGAAUACUCGCCACUAUGCAAGUCACCUCCAUGGUCGCCUCUGCGUGUGUUACCCUCUACGCCUUUCAGUCUGGCGCCUCUGCCUGUGCAACCGCUGGUCAACUCAUCCGGCGGCCUUGGUUCAUCUUCCUCACGUUAGCGGGGGUUGUUGAACGGUUAGCCGGGAUUGGCUCGGGCGUUGCAUACGAGCGGGAUUGGGUGGUGCAAUUGGCUGGGCCAAAUCGACAUAUCGCUCUUGCAGAGGCCAACGCGCUCCUUCGGCGGCUCGACCUCGGCUCCGAGAUCUUCGGCCCGUUCUCCCUCGGUCUAGUUCUCUCCCGCUUCACCCCGGCCGUGUCCCUCGGGAUCGCCGCCACUGCCGUUGCCGCCUUCCUCCCCCUCCAACUGUUCUUCAUCCACCUGACCGACAAAAUCUCCCGGGGGGCUCUCCGCCGGUACUCGCUCGAGCAGCGCGCGAGGGAAGGGACCCCCCCGAAACGGAAGAGCUUUCUGGAAGCGCUCAAGAACGGCUGGCGGUUAUACCUGCAGCAACCGGUGCUCCCCGCGAGUAUCGCGUACGUGAUGCUGUUCUUCAACGCGGUGCUGUCGCCGGGGGGGCUCAUCACGUCAUUCCUCACGACGCAAGGCAUCAGCCCACAAGUGAUCGGCGGCUUCCGUGGCGCGUGCGCGCUCUUCGGAUUUGCCGCCACGUUCAGCUCCGCGUGGAUCAUCGAGCGCGUCGGCCUGCUGAACGCGGGCGCAUUCGCACUCAGCUUCCAGGCGGCCUGCCUCGCCCUUUCCGUGGCAGUGUACAUUGCCCGCCCGGCUGGCGCCGCGAGCGGUGCUUUCAUGGUCGGGUUCCUGGCGCUGAUUGUGCUGUCCCGCCUGGGCAUGUGGACAUACGACGUGGUCGACACGCAGGUUUUCCAGACCGCGAUUCCCGAGUCCCACAGCAGCGUAGUCAGCACCACGGAGCUCUCGCUGUGCAGCCUCGCCGAGCUGGUCAUGCUCGGGGUCGCGAUGGCCGCGGAGGACCCGCGCAACUUCGGCGCGCUUGCGGCGCUGUCAAUGGCCUCGGUGGUGGGCGCAGCGGUCGUUUACUGCCGGUGGAUUUCCCACCCGUGCGUAGCAAAGAAGGAGUUGUUUGGUCAUGGGAUGGAAGCCGAAAGGAAGGUUUCGAAUGCGGCGUGAGAGAGAUCAAAGAGGUAUACAUGGUGUGCAUAGAUAUGCGCUGCGAAGAUCAAGGUACAUGUGGAGUCAGUUGACCGGUUGCUGAGUGAAUGAUAAGGGAGACGUGGCACAUUGCCGCCCCCACACGAAAGCUGAAACGCAAAUUGUACACCUUGAGACAGCCGGCUCCGCCCGAGAACACAUGUUUAUAAGCCGAUUAGAUUGUCAAACGUAUAUUUUCAGUAGAGAACAUGGACGCCUCCACCGACUUUUAUCUGUAAGCGUUGAAGCCUACAAAACAGUGAGAGCCUUGUCAGAUUCAGAACUAUGAAAGGAAGUUGUUUUCCGAUCGCUUUCGCUUAAAUCAAACGUGCAUUUGAGU